CCACCACACAUCUCUCUCUCUCUCUCUCUCUCUCUCUCUUCGACUGUUGAUUCAUUUAAUUCCAUCGAACCUCUGCGUCGUCGGGAGAGGAAAUUUUGGGUUCUCCCGAGGGGCGUCGUCCUCCGGGAAUGGGCUGCCUAUUUCGAUGCUUUCGACCCGAAGGUAGUAACGGACGAAGAAGGGAUCGGCCGGUUCCCAGGUCGCGUCCUUCUACAAGCAAGAUUAAUCAGGGAUCUUUGGUGUCGAAGAGGCAGCUCGAGUCCUUUUUCGUAAAUGAGGAUCAUGGUUCUCUUUCCAAGCAAGUUUCCAAGUCAAGUGCGAAGGACAACGUUCAUAAAGAUGGCUCAUACGGGGAACUUAAACACGAGCCUGAUUUCUUAAAGGCUUCUGGUGCUCUUCUGCUAACUCCAGAAGAAAUUCAAAAAGCAUCACGAAUUGAAACCGCUCAAGCUCCUGCUAAGGAAGGUCUAUCUUCCAAUCAUGUCUCAAAACUUCCCGGUGCUUCUUGUAUGGAACUUCUCUGUGAUGAAAAAUAUAAGGUUUCCAGAUGUCCGUCACAGGAGCAAGAGAAUGCUGGUAUUUCACAAAGCAAUACCGAGUGCUUUACAUUCAAGGGCCACCAAACUCCACAGUGCUGCGAAUAUUCUUUACCUUCAGUAAAUCAGAAUUUUGAAAGUGUACAAAAUGAAUAUACUGUUGAACCAAAAUUGGACGGUCAUACCGCAGACAUCCUUCCAUCUCAGCAUGAGCCAUGUAAUCAGCCAUUUGCUUCAAAAAAUUUACCCUUUCCUACUCCAGUGGAAGUGACUGAUGAGAUGGAGACUUCUGCAACUGUUUAUCCGACCAAUCUAGAGAACACUAAAAAUGAGAAAAAUGCUAGGAUUGGAACACAGCAUAUAUUUCCAAUUCUCAAUCCUGUGGAAAAUCUUUCCAGGCAGGAAUUAUUGAAUGAAGAUUCAUCAGAACCAUUACAAUCAUAUGACAGUUCUGAUCAUAAAACAAAUAAUAUUCCUGAUGCUGGAGAGAAGAUUCAACAGAUAUCACUUGUAACAGAUCCCGAGGAAGCUGAAUUGUCUGGCACCCCGAGGUACACAUCUCCAAGCAGAUUGGAGACACCCAGAGAUAAGACACUAUUGAGACCAGAGUACCCAGAUUUAGUAACCACAAGCUUAUCUCAAUGGUUGAAAUCUCCUAUCGCUAAAGAUGAACACAAUGAGAUUAAGGAAAAAUCCCACUCAGGAAAGAGUUCUUAUGAAGACAGACCUAUCCUUGGCAUGGUUGCAGCACACUGGAAAGAGGAAGAACCUGGACAUAAAUCACCAAAAGAGUGGGAUGGAAAUGGAAUUCCAAACUCAACAAACAAGUACAAAGAGGAUCAGAAAGUGAGCUGGCAUGCAACACCAUUCGAAGAAAGACUAGAGAAGGCACUCUCUGAUGAAAAUUCCUUGCCAAAAAGGAAGUUUGUACCUGGAAAGCGAGUAGAGUUUGAGGAUGAACUAAGUGAUACAGCAGCAUCUUAGAACAAUCCAGAUAUUCUUUUUUGAGGGAACAAUCAAACUUCUCUCUGUACACUUGUUUGAUUUCAAUCUCCAUGAAGAAUUUUCUGCACUCCUGGAUUUGAAGUGAUGGUACUUUCCCAGAUUAUUCUUUUU